AUGACCGUGACUCGUUCCCAAACGGGAAAAACUCCCAAGAAAAUGGAGCGUCCUGGCUUCAUCGAGACCCCCGGGCGCCGAGUGACCCGCAGCAGCGUUGCGCCGUCCGACGACACUUCCGAUUCAGCAGCCGACUUGCAAGCACAAGCCAAGUCAGCAUCCCGGAAGCGUUCCUCUGCCAAAGUCAAAGCCGAGGAGGCCUCAGAGAAAGACACAAAGCCAGUCGGGACCAAUGGACACGCCGCCGUCGCGAAUGGCAAGAAGCCACGCAUCAUCGAUGGUUGGGAAGAGGGCAAGGAUCCCAAGGUUGACCACAGCGGACACUUCGAAUUUGGAGGGUCUUUGGGUGUAUUGUGCAUGAUGAUCGGAUUUCCGAUGCUGAUGGAUUACAUGUGGCUCGGUGCCACCUAUUACGAUGGCAAACCACCUCUUCCUGAGCAGGGGCAGAGCAUCUCUGACUUUUUUGCACACCUCUUCAACCUGCUGAAUGAAGGUGCUUACCCGUCCCUGAAGGCAUGGACGAUAUAUUGGACUUUCUUCGUCUUCGAGGGGGCUCUCUACGUGCUUCUUCCCGGUAUCACCGUCAUGGGCCGUCCUCUGCCGCACCUUGGAGGAAAGCAACUCCCUUAUUACUGUUCCGCCGUUUGGUCCUUUUACACAACUAUAGUUCUGGCGUUGGUGCUUCACUUUACUGGUAUCUUCAAGCUCUACACGAUCAUCGAUGAGUUCGGGCCUCUUAUGAGCGUGGCAAUCCUUUCCGGUUUCAUUGUCUCUUUUGUCGCGUACAUUUCGGCAUUGGCUCGAGGCGCAGAGCACCGUAUGACUGGGUACCCAAUCUACGACUUCUUCAUGGGAGCUGAGCUCAACCCUAGAAUGUUUGGGAUUCUGGAUUUCAAGAUGUUCUUCGAGGUCCGCCUUCCAUGGUACAUCCUUCUGCUCAUCACUAUGGGUGCAGCUGCCAGACAAUAUGAAACCUACGGAUAUGUAUCCGGAGAGGUCGGGUUCCUGCUUAUGGCUCAUUUCCUCUACGCCAACGCUUGCUCCAAAGGCGAGGAGUGUAUCGUGUCGACCUGGGAUAUGUAUUAUGAGAAAUGGGGUUUUAUGCUGAUCUUCUGGAACCUCGCUGGAGUGCCGCUGAGCUACUGCCACUGCACCAUCUACCUUGCCAACCACGAUCCCGCGACCUAUCGCUGGAAUCGGCCCUUCCUAGUUUUCCUCUAUAUCGCGUACCUCUUUGUGUAUUGGGUUUGGGAUACGACCAACAGUCAGAAGAACCGCUACCGCCAGCAGGAACGUGGCACCUUGGUGUUCCGCAAGACUUUCCCUCAACUUCCUUGGCAAACGUUGAAGAACCCCAAAACCAUUACGGCUGAGGACGGCUCAAAGAUUCUUGUUGAUGGUUGGUACGGGAAAGCACGCAAAAUCCACUACACCUGUGACCUGUACUUUGCCUUGAACUGGGGAUUGGUCACUGGCUUCAACAGUCCGUUUCCGUGGUUCUAUCCUCUGUUUUUUGCAUGCAUGAUCAGCCAUCGCGCACUGCGCGAUAUUCAGCGCUGCCGGAACAAGUAUGGCGAGGCAUGGAGAGAGUAUGAGAGACAGGUCCCCUAUCUGUUUAUUCCUGUGAGUAUCUACGUCUAUCAUCCAACCGUCCCAGGAUACCCCAAAGCGCGUUUCCCUGGAGUGGUAGUAUUUAGUGAGAUUUAUCAAGUUACCGGCCCUGUCGCGCGCUUCGCCCGCCAAAUUGCCGGUCAGGGUUAUAUCUGCGCUGCGCCUUCUAGCUACCACGAAUUCACCGGACCAGAAGCCCUUGAAUAUAACGCCGAAGAUACCGAUAAGGGGAAUGAAUGGAAGAUUAGCAAGAAAAUCACAGCCUACGACGAAGAUGCCUCCCUUUGUGUGGAUUACCUCUUGUCGUUGCCUACGUGCAAUGGCCGCGUGGGUGCGACAGGCAUGUGCCUAGGUGGACAUCUGGCGUAUCGGUGUGCACUGGACAGCCGGGUAAAGGCGGCGGUUUGCUACUUCGCGACGGAUAUUCAUAGCCAUACUCUUGGGAAGGGUAAGAAUGAUGACAGUCUGGUAAGGGCAGGAGAUAUCAAGGGAGAAUUGAUUAUGAUUUUUGGUAAGAACGACAAUCAUGUCCCCCCCGAGGGAAGGGAUUUGAUCCGCAAGACACUUCACGAAAAGGGGGUAUUGUUUAGCUUUUAUGAGGUGGCCUGGGCGCAGCAUGCCUUCAUCCGCGACGAGCUCAGUAAGGGACGGUAUGACCCUGCUAUCACGAAGGUGUGCUUCGAGAUGUUGCUUGAAUUGUUCGGACGGACUCUCAAGCUGGAUUUGGGAGAGCAUGAUGGGAAGGAAGUGGAGAUUGAGGAUGUUUGCUAG